CCAUGUGUUGUUCGUUGUUCCUAAUAUAUCGCGGUACGUCUUCCUGACUACAUGAAAUCUGACGCGCAUUUUUCCCAGUUCCACGAUAGUGCAUCUUUUUACCGGUGCCUACCCUCUGUUGCAGAAAGUAUACAGGAAAUGGCCAAAACAUUGAGUGCAAUGCACAAGGCUGUUCCAGAGAUAUUUGACCAUGAAGAAACAGAAGCCAGAUAUACGACAAGACCACAUUCACAAAAACAAAGGGCAGCCAACAUCAGGACAGCAAAGAACGCAGGGCUAAAAAGGAUACUCAACACCCACAAGAACAACAAUGGAGUUUUGCCUGAGUCACAAAAUUCACAACUUGAAGCCAUGAGAGAGAAGAAUAAAAAUCUGAAGAUCCAGCUGGCAAAAGUGCAGGAGGAGCUGGAGAAAGAGAGAGAACUCUGCCGUGGUCUCCAAGAGGUCCUAUUGAAGAAGUUUGAUAUUGUGCCUUUGGCACCUUCAUGUCCAAGAUGUGCCCAGCAGGGGACACCACCAGGUUCAUCCACCUUCCUUAAUCUAAGAGCUGCGCUACAGAUCAUGGGGGAUGACCAGGAAGCGGGUCACGCAGAGAGCACUGUGAGAGAGGAGUCCACCAUUCCUGACAUGCCAGUGCAGGCAGUGGACAGUGCAGAAAGGUUUGCAGGGCAGGGUGAUGCCACAGCAACUUACAACCCAACAAGCUGUCAGCAGUAUCCAUGCUAUCCUGCACCUCCCGGAUAUGUUGCAAGUGCCACUUCGCAAAUGCAACGGAGCAGCAACAGUGGUGGCUCUGAAUUUUCCGCUGUAAUAGCAAGUAGCAAGGGACAAGAACUGCCUCAACCCAACGCCACAAAUGAGACUGUGUUGCCCCCUGCGAUGGCUACUGUUAGCAAUAAGGUAGCAGAGUCACACCCUGCACCUCCAGUCCACAAUGCAUCUGCCAGCAUUCAGAUGAUUCACGGAAAUGUUGGUUUGCAAUUUGCUGCAGCAGCAGCUUCUGUUGGUGGCCAGGUGUUAAUUUACAGGGACAAGAACUGUCUGAAGCCAACUGCACAAAUGAGGCUCUCCUUCCCCCCGUGAUGGCUUCCGUUGGCAAUAAGGGCCAUGACGCUGCCAUGUGUGCCACUUCCUGUCGUU